AUGACAAUCGACUGCAAGGCAGAUGAUGUCGGGGGCGAUGCGGGAGACCUUCGCACACUGUUUGAUGAACAUCCCAUCCCAGUCGUCUCCCCAAAGACAGUCAGCCUGAUCUCUUUCAAAACACAUAACGAACUGGAGCAAACCUCUGUUGUUGUGGAUGCAUUCAACACUGUCUUGACCAACAAUGACGCUGCUGCUCUUCAGGCAUGCUUCUUCCCCGCACAAAGUUACUGGAAGGACUCAUUGGCUUUGACAUACCAUCUGCGCACUUUCCGCGGUCCGGAAGUCAUUGCUAAGAAUCUUCUCGCAACGAAAGAGGCUAGACAAUGCAACCCAGUAUGGAAGUUGGAGGGGGCUGUCUUUGUCCCUGCGACACCAGCUCUUCAAUUUAUCGAUGUAUCGCUUUCUUUCAGAACUGAGUCACCCGCAGCUGCUUGCAGCGCAAGAGUCCUUCUUCUUCCCACCGAAAACAGUGAUGAGGAAAUUGAAUGGAAGAUUUGGAUUCUCAGUACAAAUUUGGAAAACCUGGAUAUCCACCCAGAAGAUACAUCGCUGCUCCAAAACCCUGGCCUUAGCCUUGCUGGCAUGGAAAAGGUUGAGACUGAUGUAUUUAUCAUCGGCGGUGGAAACAGUGCCGCAGCUCUCUCGGCCCGCCUCAAAUGUUUCGGUGUCGAAAGUGUCAUGGUAGAGCGGAAUGCCAACAUUGGGGACAACUGGGCCUUGCGAUAUGACUGUAUGAAGUUUCAUGUUCCGACUUCAUUCGCCGAAAUGCCUUAUAUGAAUUAUCAAGAUGAGUUCCAAGGAGAUCAUCUCCUCAGUAAAGACGAAUUGGCUGAUCACUUGCGACAAUUUGUGUCCUGUUUUGAUCUCAACGUCAUCACUUCUGCCAAGAUACAGUCAACUACUUACAACAAGUUGACCAAUCAAUGGAAGAUCAAGGUCGAAACACCUACCAAGAUUAUUACUGUAAUUGCAAAGCAUGUGGUUCAGGCCACUGGCAUUGGAUCGCAAAAGCCACAUGUUCCCAUAUUAGCGAACGCACAUGACUACAAAGGCAUAGCCAUCCAUUCUUCUGAUUAUAGGAAUGGUCAACGCUUGUCCGUUCUUAUCGUAGGCUCAGCAAAUACAGCCUUUGAUGUCUUGGAAGAUUGCCAUGCCGCCGGACUCCAAGUAACAAUGGUCGUUCGAUCUCCAACCUACAUUGUUCCGUUGGGCUACAUAAAGAACAAAAUGAGUCUAGGCGCCUACGAUUUUGGUGUUGCAGCCGCUGACAGGAUGUUCCUCACACUACCGACGGAGAUAAGUGGUCAAUUAGCCCGCAACUCAUUUCGAAUGCUCGCAUUGCAAGAACCAGACCGCUACGCUGCGCUUCAAAAAGCAGGUUUUCCUGUUCUUGAUAGCGCCGAACCUAACCAAGCGCUGUACUCUAACUUGAUUGAGAGAGCGGGUGGGCAUUAUGUUGACAUUGGUGGUACUGAGCUGCUGGCACAGGGUAGGGCUGAUGUUAAAGCAGGAGUUGAGCCCGUUGCUUUUACAGGGACAGGCUUAAGAUUUUCAGACGGAAGCGCAGCUGAUGCAGACGCUGUGAUAUGGUGCACGGGGUACGCUGACCAUGAUGUUCGUAACAUGGCAGUCGAGAUUCUCGGAGGUGAUGAGGGAGUUCAUGAUGAAAACACACUGGGCCCUCAGGAGAUUGCGGCUCGUGUUGAUGCAACAUGGGGUGUGGACUCGGAGGGUGAAAUUCGGGGCAUGUGGAAACGUCAUCCACGUCUUGAGAACUAUUGGAUCAUAGGUGGAUUCACGCAGCAGCACAGGUGGUAUUCGCGUGUUUUGGCGCUGCAAAUCAAGGCAGAGCUUGAAGGUAUCUUGCCCAAGGCUUACCGCGAGAGUUGA